GUCACUCUUCUUCUCGAAGAUUUCCGCGGGAAGCGUGGGCAUAAUUAGAUCCAGAGACAACCACCUGCUGUGUGAAAGGAUUGGUGUUCUUCAUUCUCUGUCGUUUUACUUCACAUCUGUUGCUUUUUAUGUCAGCAAUCUGUUGAUCGAUUUCUCCAUCACUUUGUACGUGACACUCUUCAUUGUUUUCACUCUC